AUGCCUCUUUCCGCACCCAUCAACUUCCCCAGGUGGCUCAGCGAAAACGCCGACAAGCUCAAGCCGCCCGUUGGCAACUUUUGUCUCUGGAACUCGAGUAACUUUGUGGUGAUGGCCAUCGGCGGCCCCAAUGCUCGCACCGAUUUCCACGUCAAUCCCACGGAGGAGUGGUUCUACCAGCACAAGGGCGACAUGGUUCUCAGGGUCCUGGACGACGGCGUGUUCCGGGAUAUCGACAUCCGCGAAGGCGAUAUGUUUCUGCUGCCGCCGAACGUCCCUCAUAACCCCAUCCGGUUCGAGAAUACUGUCGGCGUUGUGAUGGAAGUCCAGCGACCGGAGGGCAAGCUUGAUUCGAUGCGAUGGUACUGCGAAAAUGAGGAGUGUCGCAAGAACCUUACGAUCGUAUACGAAGAGUCCUUCUACUGCACCAAUCUGGGAGUCCAGCUCAAGCCGGUGAUUGAAAAGUUCUAUGCCAGCACCGAUCUGCGGACAUGCAAGGUCUGUGGCCAUGUCAACUCGGCUCGAUAA